UACUGCUACUACGCCAGCAGAACAGCUGUUUUCGAUUUGAUUAAUUUCUGAACGCUUAUAAAUGAACAAAUUCUGCGUAAAAGUUAAACGAAAAUGAAACCUCGUAAGGUGGAAGGCAAGAAGAAUAUGCGGGUGAUGUUAAAUUUUUUUAUUUGCAAAGCGAAAUAAUUGUGCUCGAAAAAUAGGAAAGAGAUGGCCCAGAGAUUUGCGGUCAUUUGCACUGUUAACGGCUUUUCCCACAAACAAACAACCAAACAGAAAUUCUUACUCGUUAUGCAGUUCUUAUCAACCAUUGGCUACGCAACGAAGAACUCAUGCGCGGGGGAACCACCAAUAAAUCCAAACGAAGGCCGCUCGGCGCUGGCCAUAAAAUAAUUAAAUAUAAAGAGCGUGCCAAAAAUUAUCAAAACCAGUUUCGCACUGGUUUAUGGUAGCCACUGGUGCGAAAACCGUGUCACGCUCGUGAGGCUCGCACCAGGAGGAGAUUACAAAAAAAAAGCAAAAUAAAGAAUUACAAGUCGAAAGAACAAGUGAAAGUAUUUAAUCAAAUUCUAAAUACAAUAAUUGAGUGUUUGCAGAUAAAAAAUUACAUUCUACUCCAACAAACAACAUAUUUGACACAAAUCAAAAGAGCCACUUGUGGGCGUGCGAAAGUGAUAACGAAACGAUAAAUAAUUAAAAUACAUUUGAGAAAAAAAAAAACGAACAAAACAUAAGAUGAGCGGAAACGAAUUCGAAAAUAAUCUGUACAAUGCACCAAACGGCUACCUCGAAGCUGGUCACCGACGCACCACAGUUGAGGAUGUUAAUAGCAAUCAAACAAUUGUCACCGACUCGGAUGCGGUCAGCAAUUCAGUGCCGCGGUUAAAUCGGUAUAGGCGUAUAUUUAUUUUGGAACCACCGGUGUUUCUCUUGAAUUUCGCCACGUCUUUGACAUCUGUUGUGUUCACCAAUCAAUUACUUUAUCAAUCCUGCACGGUUGUAUUUGGACAUACCGAGGCGGAAUGCGAACCAAUGUUGGGGAUCUCGAAUGCCACAAUAAAUCACGAAAUAGAAAAUCAAGUGCAACCCUAUGUCUCUCGCAUAAUAUUAGCCAACUCUCUGGUCUCCAGCAUCAUACCUGCGCUGCUGGCGCUCUUCAUUGGUGCGUGGUCGGAUCGUUUUGGACGUCGUCCGGUGCUGUUGAUUGCAUUGAUUGGCAUUUUCCUUGGCUUCGUCGUAAGUUUCAUUUUGGCUAUGGUCUCGGCAAAGUCACCCACCAAUCCUUGGCUCUAUGUCAUAGCACAAAUUCCGGCGGCUGUCACGGGCUCCACCUGUGCUUUCUAUAUUGUCUGCUACUGUUAUAUUACCGAUGUUGCAUCACCACAGUUAAAGGGUUUGAAAAUGGUUUUAAAUGAUGCUGCUGUUGGUGUUGGCACUGUUCUCGGUACAUUAGCUGGUAGCGCACUAUUUGCGCACACAAGCAUACAAGUUGUUUUUGCAGUUUCAGGUUUAGCUAUACUUUUGGCAUUUGCUUAUGUAUUCUUUGUGAAUAAGGAGAGCUUGUGCCUGGCACACACAAAAUUGGGCUACAAACUCUGUCAGUUCUUCAGCAUUAGUCACGUUGUUGACUUGGUGAGAACUUGCGUCGCCAAGCGUGCGAAUUACAUGCGAGCUUUCAUUUGGCUUUCCAUGUCUGCCUUGAUCAUUACCAAUUUCACGUCGUCUGGCGAGGGCAAUGUCUUCUACUUAUUUUUACGCGCCAAAUUCGAUGUGACCGUUAGUCAAUACAGUGAUUACAACUCCAUCGGAGAUGCCAUACAAAUUAUUGGUGGUAUUUUUGGAGUUAUCGUGUUCAGAAAGUACGCACGCUUCUCUUUGGUUACCAUAGGAAUGCUUUCGCUCUUCUCGGCCGUUUGUGAGAGUUUUGUUCGUGCUGUGGCGCAAAAAUUUUGGGAAAUGUACCUCGGCACUGCGUUCGGGUUCUUGGGUGGCAUUAUUUCUCCCAUGCUGCUAACGGUUCUCUCCUUCGUCACGCCCACAAAUGAAACUGGUAAAGUUUUCUCGGUGACCACUGCCUUGCAAGUAAUCACGCCGCUGGGUGCAUCGCCACUCUACACAUCCAUUUAUGAUGCGACGCUCUCCUAUUAUCCGGGAAUGUUCAAUAUCAUUAGUGCUGUGCUGUACUUACUUAGUUUUGUGCUUGUUGCUUUAAUUUUCUGCAUAUCAAAACGCAAGGGCAUAAUCGUUAGUCCGCCAAAUCCAGCAAGAGCAUAAACUAGAAAAGAGAUUGGGGAAUUUUGAAAAUUCGCGAAUGCAUUUAAGAACGGUUAAACGGUUAAGCAGCAUGUCUUUUUUAAAUUAUACUAUACAGUUUUUUUAAUUAAAAAAUGUAUAUUAUUUAGAUGCGUAAAAAUAUGUAGAAGUAUUUGGUGUGUGUAAUAUAUAAUUAUAUAGGUGUUUUUAUAUACUAAUAUACAUAUGCAUGUACUAUAUAUAUUUAUUUCCCCAAUAAUUAAUUCUAUGGCCGCGAUUUUUUCGAAAAUAGCAAUAAGUAUGUAGUCAUAGGUACAAAACAUAUUAAAUAUUUUUUAUACAAUAUAUUUAUAAAUACAUACACAUAAUUUGGCAAG